AUGCGAUGCCCCUCCUUCAUCCCAGCCCGGUGCACUGGCGAGGAGUGUCUGGAACAAGAGAGGAUAAACCUCGAGAAUUCGUCGCUCCGAAAGUUCUUAUCUUUUAUCAGAAGCAUCGUGUGUCUGGACGAUCACUCUCCCAACCACAAGGAGUUCCCUGCAAUCAUUAAGGAGUUGGAAGAUGCGACGGGCAUAGAUGCACGAGCCCUAAUCUGCUUUCGUCCAGGGAUGAACAAUGCCCGACAGAGACUUCAAUGGGUGUCAUCUCGCGUCACUAGAUUGCAAGAAGACAUCGCCGAGAAGAAGCAGAACGCGCUCGGGCAGCUCCUGCAGGAGAUUGUGGCUCGGUCGGGCGACAUCACUAUCCUCGACUGGGUCAGACAACCUUCCGAGUCCAAUAGCUGUCUUCCAGUCUAUAUUUCUUCUCACGCCAUUCCUUCGCGUACUCUUCCAUCUUACUGCAGACUGCAUCUGCCUUGCACGGCAUUCCGUGUUACAGAAGUCACUCUGAGCUACAAUCCAUCCCAGGAGACUCGAUGUGAAGUCAAGGCAGACGUGCUUCGUGACCUGUGAUCACCACCAAAGAGCCGAUUGUUCAGUUCUUGUGGACAAUGUCCACUCAGCAAACCUUUGUGUUUGUCCGUCCCUGGGACCAGAGUUACCUGACUUUGCAGAUCUGCCCGACGUUGUGCGGAGGACGAGGGGGAUCAUUGGACUUCUGCGUCAGAGGACUCACCUAGUCGUUCCCUUGCGAGAUAAGGAUGUAGAAUCGCGAGUAUUGCGGUUCCUUGGUCGCCUUGGGCACCCUCUCGGCGCACGUUUGCUAGUGCGGCGGGGAAUGCGAGAGGGUCGCGUCAGAUUGUGGUAUCAUUGCGCAGCUCAAAGAUGUGGCUUCUGUUCGAGACUUGAUGAAACGUCAGGACGAUAGAAAUACUGUAUAUGCAUGUUUUUCCUCGAAGAUUAGAGAUCUAAGUGGUUUUCAUGGAUCCUUCGUGCAUGUCAUGCCAUUCAAUGUAUUUACAGUACUAGCGAGUCAG